GAUUUGGAGGAGCAGCGAGAAUCACGGACUGAAACCGCUCAGAAAAAACGCGCUCUACAGGGAGGCGUGGAGAGGUUAACUUGCUCCCUAGAGCGAGUUCACCUCGAGGCGGAGCGCCGUGAGUCACGAACGCGUCGCCUCAAUGGCUCCACUCGUACCAGUGCUGCUGAAGUCGCUAGCUUCGAUUCGUUCAUCACCUCGUCAGAACACAAAGCACUGCAAAGUUUUCUGUGA